GAAUAGGAGGAAGACGAAAAAAAAAAACAGUUGAAACAAAAAAAAGUAAGAUGAAGACUGAGGUAAGCGUAAGUAUCUUUCUCUCCUCAUACAAAGGAGAAAAUACUAGAUAUGUUUUGAUGCGAAUGAAGAGCAUCGUUGCCUCCAGGUGUUUAUGAUGCUCAAGGAAGAAAUACCCCUGAUCAUCGAUGUCAGCAAUGAACGAAGAACUGGAGACAUUACUCAAUGAAAAAUAUGCUAUAAAGAGAAAUUUAUGCAUACAGGCAAUACUGUCACUGUGAGAACGUGAAGUGAAGCAAUGAAAAAUGUGAAUAAAUCGAAUUGUAUCUGGAUACUAGAAAUAAGGAUCAAUUAUAUGAAAGAAUCAGUGCGAGUUCUAUCCAUGAAGUGCCAAGUUUUCAAUGUAAAGUGAUGGAGAGACAACAUAUCAAAAAAAAAUGUCUGGAGAAAUAAGAAAUAGUGGAAAAUAAUGCAAUCAAUAUAAAACAUUCAAAUUGAAAAGCAUUACUGUUGCUUAGAUCUUUGUAUAGUGGAGUGACUCAGAAAAAAAAUGUGUUAUAAAAAUGUGUGGACCAAAAAUGCAGUGAAAAUGUGGAAAAAUAAUGAAAGAUCAAACAACUGGUUUAUAUAGAAAUUAGAACAUUAUAUACCAACUGUGUAAAAUGUUACAAAACAGUGAAUUUACAUGAGAAGGAGGAUUUUGUGAUACAGUGGAUGGAAAAGUGAUGAAUGGAACGGAGAAAAAAAUCAGGCAAGGUCACGAGUUAUUGAAAGUGGGCUAGUCGUGGAUCCCUUAGAGGGAAAAAAAAAAAAAAAAAACGUAGCAAGGUCACACAUUAAGAGCGAGAGCGAGAGCGAGAGAGAGAGAGAGAGAGAGAGAGAGAGAGAGAGAGAAUAAAACGAUCAUUUCAACCGGAAGAAAUAUAUAACACCAGCAAGCAAACUACACACACAUAAUUACUAAAAACUAAACAAAAUAUAAACAAUUCAAAUCACAAACAAUGUCCUUUCCCCUGCCAAAAAAAAAAACACCAAAGACAAACACACAGCGAAACAAAAUCCACACCUAUGCCAAAGCUAUGAUAUUAAUGCAGGGAAAGAAAAUGAGAGCAAAAAAAAAAAAAAAAAACAAUGAAAACGUUAAAACCAGCAAACACACCGCGUCCUCGCCCUCUCAAGUGGUAGUAGCAACAGCAAUCACCACCUCCUCCCGACCCCGCCGAGCCAUAAAGACUAAUCCCGAUGUGCUGCCAACGACACCUCUCACGCAACUGCUGUGGGACGACUUCUGGGGGACACCCCUCACCCACAGCGGUUCCCACAAGUCCUACCGUCCACUCACAGUCCUCUCCUUCAGACUCAACUAUAUGGUAUCUGAAUUCCACCCUCGGUCGUAUCACGUGACCAAUGUGGCGCUGCAUGUGGCGGCGACGGGCCUCUUCGCCGUGUUCGCCCGAACCUUGACGCCGCACGCCCGCCUCGCCCGCACGGCAGCGCCCCUCCUCUUCGCCGCCCAUCCCAUCCACACCGAGGCCGUGGCGGGUGUGGUGGGCCGGGCGGACGUGGGUGCCGCGAUAUUCUUCCUCGGGGCACUGCUUUCCUACAUGCGCUACUGCAACUGCGGUCGAGGAAAUGGCCUGCCUGUUGGCUCCACUGGCGGUCGGGUGGGGCGGCGGGCGUGGCUGGGGGCAGCCCUUGUCUCAGCCACCCUCUCCAUGUUGACCAAGGAACACGGCAUCACCGCCCUGGCAGUGUGCGCCGCCUACCACCUCUUCGUGCACGCCAAACUCAGGCCUCGCGAAGUUUUCUCCGUCCUCACUGAGCGCCGUCACCGCGGGGUGGCGGAGGGCCUGGCCGGCCUCGGGGUGGCGCUCCUCGUGCUCCUCUCCUUCCGUCUCGCCAUUAUGGGUUCGCAGCCGCCGGAGUUCGCCCCAGCGGAUAACCCGGCGGCGGACUGCGAGUCAUCGGGUGUGCGGGCACUCACUUUCUUCUUCCUGCCGGCCUUCAACGUGUGGCUGCUGCUCUGCCCCUACACCUUAUCCUUCGACUGGUCCAUGGAGGCCAUCCCCUUGGUGACGUCCCUGGCGGACCCCAGAAACUUGGCCUCAAUGGCCCUGUACGCCUCCCUGGGCCUCCUGGCGCUGGCCUCGCUAUUGGCCCUGCGGCGUCGACGCCCUGGGGAGGAUGUGGGAGGAGGCGAAUCGACAACCACAGGUGACGUGACCAUCAUGGCGCUCGCCCUCAUCAUCCUCCCGUUCCUGCCAGCCACGAAUCUCUUCUUCUACGUGGGUUUUGUGGUGGCGGAACGCAUCCUCUACAUUCCCUCUAUGGGCGUGUGUCUCCUGGUGUCAUGGGGCGCGCACCUCCUCUACGCGCGGGCGCGCACUGUCCGCGCCCGUCGGGUGGUACAAGCAGCGCUCGUGGUACUCUUCGUCCUCUUCUCGGUCCGCACGUGGAACAGAAACCACGACUGGGCCACCGAGGAGAACCUCUACCGCUCAGGCAUCGCCAUUAACCCGCCCAAGGCGUACGGAAACCUGGCCAACAUCCUCAGUUCCCAAGGCAAGAAGGAGGAGGCGGAGUGGGCGUACAAGAAAGCUCUCUCCUAUCGGUCCAACAUGGCGGAUGUCCACUAUAACCUAGGUAUACUUUUUCAAGAGCAGAAACGGUACCACGAGGCGCUGCAGGAAUACAAACUAGCAAUACAGUUCCGGCCCAGGAUGGCGAUGGCGCACCUCAACAUGGGCCUGGUGCUGGGACUGCUGGGGCAAAGAGCGGACGCAGCCGAGGUGUACCGUCACUGCUCACAGCUGGACGGGUCUGGCCUCAAGGACCCCCGCACCCACGAGUCCACCAAGAUCUCAGCGCUCUUCAACUUGGGCCGCCUGUACGCUGAUGACGGCCAUUUCGAGAGAGCCAUCGAGGUAUACCAGGAAGCUGUGGAGAGGAUGCCUUCCCACUACCAACCACAGAGCCUGUACAACAUGCUGGGCGAGGCGUUCUUCAAGCUGGAGAGGUUCGAGGAGGCGGAGAGGUGGUAUCUGGAGGCACUCAAAGUCAAGAACGAUCACGUCCCGGCACACCUGACGUACGGCAAGCUACUGGCCAAGAUGCAACGCGUUGGGGAAGCCGAGGAGUGGUUUCAGCGAGCCAAAUCUCUCGCUCCAAACGACUCUACUGUUCAUCAACACUUUGGUCAGUUCCUGUCAGAGGUAGAGCGACACGAGGACGCCGCAGAUCACUACGUCAAGGCGGCCCAGCUGGCGCCCUCAGAGUACGAGAUCAUAUUCAAUGCAGCCAAUACCUUGCGGCAAGCGGGCAGAAACAAGCAAGCUGAGGAAUACUACCGCCUCGCCGUCAACCUCAGACCUCAGGAGGCGACUUCGCACAUGAACUUGGGCGCCAUGCUGCACGUCAACGGCAAGCUGCUGGAAGCUGAGUCGAGCUACCUGGAGGCGUUGCGUCUCAAGCCCGAUGACUCCAUCACCAGAACCAACCUACAGAAGCUGCGACACCUGCUGGCCAAAAAAGGCAUCAGUCCCUCCAGAUAACCCAGACCCUCCAUUGUCACGCUGAAAAGGGUUGAAUAUCUUUGAGGCUCCUGGGAGUCAAAUGUGCCUGGAGAACCUCCACCCAGCCGUCCUAAAGGUCUGUCUCAGAGGCAAGUCCUUCAGUCGUGGUUUUAGAGGAGUGUCGCAAAAAGGAGUUAAGAGUUUUCUGGCAGAGUUCCUAGGCCGAAUCCAUCCCACACCCUAUGAAGUCUGGAAGCAUUAUAACUCUCGGCUUGCUGCCAUGACGACGUGUGGACGGGAAGAAGCUAACGGAGAUACUUUCCGCCACAUUCCUUGAGCUGGCGACCAUCUUUACUUAAAGGCCGCGCCAAGACACUCACGCCAUCCUGGGAGACAUUCGUCACAGCUCACCACAACUCACCUAAUGCUCAAGCCUUCCAAAGCCUCUCAGCUUUCUCAGUGAGCAAAAGCACACAUCAACUUGGCAGAAAGAUGGCGGCUGCUGGCCCUAGCAGGCAGCUCGUUACGGGGCCUUGUCUUCACUACACCUGUGGAAGGGACCCGCAACGGUGUUAACUCUGGAUCAUAACAGCUGAUCUAGUCACAUCAUAGAGCAGUAGCGACAGUUCCCAAGUGGGCGUGAAGGCGUCCGUCCGGCAAGAAUCCUGGUGUCGCCAUGCUGGUGGAGCCUCCGCGCUGAGAGACCCGUCUGGCCCACGCCACUGUGCGUCCACGCUGAGGUGUGCGUGGCAGAUAGUUGUGAUUAACUCUCCAUGGUGUCAGAUGAAAAAUAUUAGAAAUGUCAACAAAGGAGGAGCAGUCUAUGCCUCUGGCGCAUUUUUGCUCCUCAGUGCAUGGUCUAGAACAGCUGUAUUGCAAACUUGGAGAGUCUGGAAAAGACAAGAGGCAGCCUGAGCCCCGGUGCCUCGUUGACAGGAAAGUCCAGGACGCUAACUCUCUCAGCGACGGAGGGCGGAAGGAUGUCACUGCUUCGGCAGGCGAUUGUGCGGCACUCCGGAACACUCCCGCUAUUUAGUCCAGGUUGUAGUCUAAUUGUUGUGUUUUAUAUAUUUUUCUAUAGAAUGCAGAUAAUUUUGCAGAGUGCACUGGUUAACUUCCAUUGUUACAAACUUCAAAUGACCAAUGUGCCAAACACACACACACACACACACACACACACACACACACACACACACACUUAGGUGUAGUGCGAAACAUAUUCGUAUAACACAAGCACAACUGACAUUCAAUAUUAUAAUAUACUGCUCUGUGCUUUUCUGAAUGAGAUGAAAAUAUUUUAAGGGUAAAAGAAUCAGAUUUUAAAAAUUGUAUCCAUGAGCGCUGUCUUCCACGCUUUGCUACCUGUGUUACCACAUUGGAAAGCACGCACACACACACGCACACACACACACACACACACACACACACACACACACACACACACACACACACACAUAUAUAUACAUACUUCCUAUUCCUAGUGGCUUAAGAGACGCGAAAGUCAGCUGAAACAGUCAUUCGCGGGUGAUAAGCAAUACACGGUGUUUUGUCCCCUCCCAAGGUUGUAAAGGAUUGGCUGCGAGGAGGAACGCCUGUAGGUAGUAGUUGUUAAAAAUUAGUUUUGUGUAGGGUUGUCGGACUCAAUAUUAAUGGGUAUCAAAUCUUCUGGGGAAUCGAUGGUAGAUUUGUGUUAACAUUUCAUCAAGACAUCCACUGGUACAUGUUGGUCAGACGCACUCAGCAUUCACUACUAGUUUCCACACACAACACACACACACACACACACACACACACACACACACACACACACAGGUUUUGUUUUCACGAAACUAGUGAUAUACGAGCCAUUUCAUUACAUAAAAGAAAUAA